AUAAGUGUGCGAAGUCUGUGAUAGCCAAGCAAACCAUCGAAAGUUUAGAUCGCCUGCCUUUCCUUGAACCAAUGGCCAAACAACUGGGCUCCCUCCUUUCUUCUUGCUUGCUUUCUGUCACUGUAUCCAUAGUUCUACUCCAUAUACCAUCUCGAGUUCAUUCAGUAACAUUGAAAUCAGAUAUUGAAGCCCUUCAGGCACUGAUGCAGGCUGUCGAUCCCGUCUCGAUUGUGAGGUAUUCCUACCUCCAUAGCUGGGAUUUCGCAUUCGAUCCAUGUGAGGCUGCAGGGGUAUUUCAAGGGAUCUUGUGCACAUUCCCUACAGACAAAUCGGCCAACCGUAUAAUGGCAAUUGAUCUUGAUCCUGCUGGGUAUGAUGGCUUUCUAACAGCAUCGAUCGGGAAUCUGACAGAGCUUACCUCCCUUAGGAUAAGCAAAAACAACUUUCGAGGGCCAAUACCAGAAACCAUAGCCAACCUUCAAAAGCUCACCAGACUAUCAUUGCCUCAAAAUCUCUUCACUGGGAGAAUACCUCAAGGAAUCAUUAAUCUCAAGCAUCUUCAAAUCUUAGACCUGUCACAGAACAACCUCUCUAGCAAAAUUCCUGCCGAUAUUACAACUUUGAGAAGCUUGGUGCAGUUAAGCUUGUCAAACAAUGCAUUGUCUGGCAGAAUUCCAGACCUCUCCGCAUUGUGGCAGCUGAGCACAUUGGAUCUUAGUAGCAACAAUCUAGAUGGAAUUGUACCCAAUCUUCCAAUAAACUUGAGAAAAUUGUCGCUGAGCCAUAAUGUACUAUCAGGACACAUUUCACCUGUGAGCGUCCUCCACCACCUCACAGUACUAGAUUUGAGUGAUAACAGGUUUUCAGGUCUCAUUCGUCAGGAAAUUCUCACUUUGCCUCUGAUGGAACGCCUUAACAUCUCAAAUAAUCAAUUCACGGAAAUGGAGCCAAUGCCAUACCCUAGGGAAGGUUUACAGCUUCGUGUGCUGGACGCACACGCUAACAGGCUGCAUGGUCAUCUGCCCAUCAGCUUGGUUAAUAUAGCGAAUUUAUCAUCAAUUGAUCUAUCCCAUAAUCUGUUCUCUGGACGAAUCCCACUAGAAUAUGGAGCCAAACUGGGGAGUUCAUGGAAAAGCUUGCUCUUAGAAGACAAUUUUCUGAUAGGAAAUCUUCCACCGCAGUUUAUUAACGGGACAGUGGCAGUUAGAGCCAACCUUGCCCACAAUUGCUUAAGGUGUCCACCAAACAUUCGGUUUUGCAGAGGAGGGCAAAGGGCAAACACAGAGUGUGUCGAGCAGCAAGAUCACAGCACUUGAGAAGUUACUGAUAAUUCACAACGGUUCGUCAUAAAAAUUCCAUGUACUCAAGCUUAUAAUAAAGUCCAGUGAGGCAAGCUUCCACUUCCUAAUCAGUGGUUCCGGCGAAGGAGAAGGUGUCAUAAUCUGUACUCUUCAUUAAUGCAUUUCAAGUGUUGAACAAA